GCCCAGCCUCACCCAGACUCUACCUCCAGCGGCCCCCGGGUAAAUUGAGUUUGAGACCCCUGGACUAGGCCAUUUCAAAACCUAAAUACGUUUCGAAAUAAAGUACUAUUUUGUAGUUGGAUGUUUCUCGAAGGUGAAACCUCACCAGAGUUUGAAGCAUUUUACAGUGUCUAGAUGUAGAUAGGUAGAACAUGGGUAAGUAUUUUGGAGGAUGAGCAUAAAUAAUAGUAAUAAUAAUAAAAUAAUAAUAAUGUAUUUUAUUCAUUCCCCUUUGCGGCUUUAGAGCCAGGGUCGGCGCAAACACCAAACUGGAAAAUAUAACAUAUUUUUUACUUUAAAAGUUCAUCAUAUUAUUUUUUCAAAAGGUGGUUCUAUACCUUAAAAAAAACAAAAACAAAACAGUUUUUGGUGGAUAAUUUAAACAUGACAUAUGAUGCCAGCAGUAACUAAAUUAUAUGGUAUUAAAUGGCAGCUGUAUAUCUUCAUUUGUCAGGCCGAGUUCAGUGAAGCCCAAAGAUUCCAGGAGCUCCGUCUCCUCCCAGGAACUCACCGAGGAAUGCGACCACGACAGGAACUAUAUAGAAAAGUUUGUUAGGGAGGAGCUCAGCCCCUCUCCUUGUUUGCUUCCUCUUCCUCCACAAAUCAUAGAAUCUCAUGAUUCUGAGAUCUGGAUGAGUUCAGGGAAUAAGGAGGAUUCAGAGAGCUCUGUCUCUGACAGCAGCACCCUAACCCUGGCAACGAAGAAGGAAGCGCCCAAAACUUGGGAGUUUGUAGAUGGCCUUCUUAGGGAGAACUUAAGGAGUGACAAAGAUUCAGAGAACUCUGUCUCUAGUAAGAAGUACAAGGAAGAAAUUAACUCGACCCUGCAAGAGGAGUUUGAAAACAAAAACUGGACUAACGGGGACAAUAUGGAAGACCUUCUUAGGAAGAAGCAGCUUCUCCCUCCUCCUCCAUUACUGGCACCGUACACUUCUCCUGUCUGGCUUGCUCCACCAGAGUCCCACACUAACACUGUACUGACUCAGGGUGGAGUUCAAGAGCACAUGUUCAGGCCUCCACCUCCAACAUUUACCCAUCGUGCUCCUCUUCACGCUCAUCCGCCUGUCAUCCGUGCUCCACCAGCGGUCACCGUUAACACCAACGCUCCAUUCAGUCUGGGAGCACAGCAUGAUCACAUGUUCAGGCCUCCACCUCCAACAUUUACCCAUCACGCUCCUCCUUCUCCUCUUGUACUGCCAGACUUACAACAGAUGAUUAUCCGACCUCCUGCCCUGCCAGCAGGAGGCGUUGACAGUCAGAAACUGGUGAGUCAGUGACAGAGACAGAUGUCUUACCUCAAUAAAUAUGCUAAUCAAUUAAGUAUUAUUUCACAGCGCAGCCGAUAAUUGUAUAAUUCCGUAAAAUCUUUAUCAUCCGGAUUCAAGAAGCAAUUACAGCACUACUUAUUGCGAGUGGCGGGAACAGCUAAUUAGAAAGCUUGGGUUCAUUAACCACUAACUCGCUAAACAACAAUCUUAGCUACAGCAAGGCUAAACCGCUAAAAACAUUUUAAAAAGCUCACAGAAGCUAACGCUAAGCUGCUAACGACAUAAAAAAAAUUAGCAGAAGAAAAUGCUAAAACUGCAUUAUAAUAUUAGCUGAAGCUAACCA